UUUCCGGUGCCAAAAUUCGUACCAAGUAGUAAUUCCCCCAUUAACCAAUUAAGCAAAUUUCUCUGUUUGUACCAAAUCUAAUCCCUUAGAUGCAUCAUGCAGAUACCAUACAGAUUUCUAAGAAAGUCAGCUUGAAGACUCUACCCUGAGCAAUUGAACCUGAGAGAUUCCUGAUGCUACAGCUGAAGCACGUGAGCGGAGGUAGGUAACAGUGGCACUUCCAUAAUAAAACACUAAAAUAGAGUCACAAAAGAAUAAAUUGGAAUCAGAAUUCAGAAAGAAGGCACCAAACACCCACAAUACCAAAUGUACAAAACGAAGGUGCAAGAAUUGUGCCAGAAGAGGUCAUGGAGCUUGCCGGAGUACGAAACCACCAGAGACGGCCCCGAUCAUAACCCUCGCUUCACUGCCGCCGUCACUGUUAACGGAAUCCGUUACGAGACGCCGUCACUGUGCCGGAAUUCGAAGGAAGCUCAGAACAAUGCCGCUAUGCUCGCCUUCGAGCAUCUCUCUUCCCAACAGCCCUCCGUCAUAAACCCUUCCCCUCCUCCUUUCCCCCCAAAGCCCAGGCUCAUGCUUAGGCCCAAGCCCAAGCCAAACAACAUUCCAAUCACCGGCACUCCUACUCUCCCAGGCUUGGAUUCUUUCCCCCAACCCACCCUCUUCCCGGGACUCUCUUCUUUCCCGCAGCAUCCUUCUCUCUUUGCUCAUUCCGCUGCUUCAUCGGCUCCUUCACAUCACUGUACCCCUAGUGCGAGCACUGGUAUCAACAACAUACUACCCACAAGUAAAGUGCUGCCACAGAAAUUAGAAGGAGGAUGCCAAAUUUCUCAGAUAAUUGGCCCUGUUACAGCUGCUAGAGAUACCGUGACAACAGCAGAUCGGAAAAAUAUGGCACACUUGUACAAGAAUCAACUACAAAACUAUGCUCAAAAGCAAAACCUACCGUUACCGGUGUACACUUCCGAGUGGGAGGGCCCUCCUCAUGCCAUGCGUUUCAAGUGCAAAGUCACACUUGAUGGACAGACCUACGAAUGUCCUACCGCCUUUUCUAAAUUGAAGGAUGCUGAACAUGCAGCAGCUGAAGUUGCUUUAUUGUCAUUAUUGCGGGGAGGAUUUCAAGAGAUUCAGGAUAAUUCCGUAUUAUACAAGAACCUUUUACAAGAAUUGGUCCAAAAGGAAGGAUUUAGCCUGCCUUCUUAUAAUACAGAAAGAUCUGGCGAAGCUCAUAUUCCGACAUUUAUUUCAUACGUGGAAGUUGAAGGGAAAGUUUUCACUGGUCAAGAAGCCAAAACCAAGAAACAGGCAGAGAUGAAUGCAGCAAAGGUUGCAUACACCACUUUAAAAGAACAAAAAGGCAAGUCAGAGCAGAGGUCUUUACUCCCUUUGUUAGAUCAUCCGGGGAAAGCUCUUGAACCUGAGUCAGUACCUGACUGCUCAGAUUCAACUGUCCAAACUGAAUUCCAGCAUCAUGCUAAUCCAAACUAUCCUGUAAUCCCUGGAGUAAUCUCAUCAAGCCAACCUAACAAAAGUAAGGGCAAGUCAGAGCAGAGGUCUUUACUCCCUUUGUUAGAUCAUCCGGGGAAAGCUCUUGAACCUGAGUCAGUACCUGACUGCUCAGAUUCAACUGUCCAAACUGAAUUCCAGCAUCAUGCUAAUCCAAACUAUCCUGUAAUCCCUGGAGUAAUCUCAUCAAGCCAACCUAACAAAAGUAAGGGCAAGUCAGAGCAGAGGUCUUUACUCCCUUUGUUAGAUCAUCCGGGGAAAGCUCCUGAACCUGAGUCAGUACCUGACUGCUCAGAUUCAACUGUCCAAACUGAAUUCCAGCAUCAUGCUAAUCCAAACUAUCCUGUAAUCCCUGGAGUAAUCUCAUCAAGCCAACCUAACAAAAGUAAGGGCAAGUCAGAGCAGAGGUCUUUACUCCCUUUGUUAGAUCAUCCGGGGAAAGCUCUUGAACCUGAGUCAGUACCUGACUACUUAGAUUCAACUGUCCAAACUGAAUUCCAGCAUCAUGCUAAUCCAAACUAUCCUGUAAUCCCUGGAGUAAUCUCAUCAAGCCAACCUAACAAAAGUAAGGAAAAACAAUGUGUUAAAGUUUGCUGUAAAACUCUGACCGAAAAAAUAAAAGAAAAGAAGAGAAGAGUUUGUGCUAACCCAUGCACUGCCAUUCCAUCUCCAGAGCCUGUUGUUACAAAGAAGAAAGGGUCCUCCUCUGCAUCUGGAUGCGCAAAUGGCAGCAUGAAGGACUCUUUCUCAUCAGUUGUCAAUGCAUCUGGAUGCGCAAAUGGCAGCAUGAAGGACUCUUUCUCAUCAGUUGUCAAGGCGGCUGCAGCCACACCUUCACUCUCAGACAGCAAGAAUAUGGCUUCCAACACAAACAAUAUGCCUUCCACUGCAUCAGGCUCCCCGGGACGCAGAAAAAGGGUGGUAGUUUACUCGCGGGAGACUAAUGUGGAAGUUGAAGGAGGUGGCACUUUGAUGCCAAUUAGUGAUGAAAAAUGGGUUGCUUACGAAUAUUCCCAUUGAGAACUAAAUUGGUAGAAGAAUCUGCAGACUUGCUUGUAAUGUGUAUCAUAGUUUGCGAGUCUGAAAUGGAUUGUGUUUGGCAAGACUAUGCUAUUUAUCAAAUUUGGGGGAUCAAAUCUUUAGAUGAAAAGAACUUUAAAGGGCGUAACUAAUACUUUGAAUAUAAUGAAAAAAAAAAAAGAACUUUUUUAAGA